CGCACGCAUCUACACCCACUCACAAAUGUACACUCACACACACACACAGAAAGCAUCACUGGCUCAGAAACCACACGUGAUAUGGAGAGAGCACAGCGCUGAAGUGAGUGAUUUCAAUCCACGUCUUUCAUUUACUGUUUUCAUUCCCUAUAUACAUCUACCAGCAGGUGCUUUACAGAAAGGAGUCCAUCCACAGGGCUAAAAAAUGAACCAAAGCGCAGGAGCCGCGCAACACAGUCGGAGAUACUCCAGUGAUGAGAAUGACACUGCUCCUAUUGUAACCGAUAGGAAUUGGAAGGGCAUCGGUAUCUCCCUCUUUGUUAUUCUAGUUGUGCUUUCACUCAUCGGACUAUCAAUAUAUCUGCUAUCAAAAGAUGACAGUGGAAAGUUUCUCGGAUCACAGUUGAGUCUGGAUGACAUCUUGGAAAGGAACUUCCAAAUAUAUGAUCCUGACGCAAAGUGGAUCAGUGAAAAAGAAAUCAUCUUCAAUAAUUGGGAUGGAGAUUUACUGAAAAUCAACACAGAAAGCAACAAGACAGAGCUGUUGAUGAAAAACACAACUUUUUCCACCUUUAAAGCCUCAAAGUUUGCAGUUUCUCCAGAUCUGAACUUUAUUCUACUGGGAUACGAUGUCAAGCAGGUCUAUCAACACUCUUUCAUGGCAUCUUAUCUAAUCUACAACCUGUACACAAGAGAAGUGAUGGAGCUAAAUCCUCCAGAAGUCUCCAAUUCAGUCCUUCAGUUUGCUUCAUGGGGUGUUGGUGGUCAGCAGCUGAUAUACAUUUUCGAAAACAACAUUUACUACCAAUCAACUGUUCAGAGCAGCUCAUGGAGACUUACAUCAUCUGGACAGGACGGUGUCAUUUUCAAUGGUAUUGCAGACUGGCUAUAUGAAGAGCAAGUUUUGCACACUCAAGCAGCUCACUGGUGGUCACCUGAUGGCACAAGACUUGCUUACCUGGCUGUCAAUGAUUCCCUGGUCCCAAACAUGCUCCUGCCCCGUUACAUGGGUUCUGCUUAUCCAAGGGGCAAAGAGUACCCAUACCCAAAGAUGGGUCAAAUCAAUCCCACUGUAUCUCUUUAUGUUGUUUUGCUUGAUGGAAGCUCCCAAACAACUGAACUGUUCCCUCCGAACAGUCUUGUAAAGAGUGAAUACUACAUCACCAUGGUGAAAUGGGUGACAGUAGACAAGCUGGCUGUUCGCUGGUUAAAUCGAGCACAAAACAUGUCCAUUCUUUCGCUCUGUGACAUACACACUAUUGAAUGUACCAAGACACAUGUGAUGAUGUCAGAUAAGUGGCUAGACGGACAGACUGAAGAGCCAAUGUUUUCGAAGGACCGCACAAUAUUCUUCAUGGCAUUGCCAAUAAAACAAUUUGAACUUGGAACAUUCCGACACGUGACUAUGAUCUCCAACCAAGGAGAAGAUGUGAAAGUUCUCCCCUUGACCUCAGGAAGUUGGGAGGUCUCUCAAAUUCUGGGUUAUGAUGAGAGCACUGAAUUUGUUUAUUUCCUAAGUAAAGAGACAGGAACAACACAGCAACAGUUAUACAGGGUCUUAGCUGUGGAGCCAUUUCAAAAAGAAUGCCUCACCUGCUCUCUCUUCAAGUCACGAUGCACUUACUACAAUGCUGUCCUGAACAGCAACUAUCAGUAUGUUCUUCUCCAAUGCAGAGGCCCUGGAAUACCCCAAACUACUGUGCACCGAUUGGAUAAACUAAAAGAUUUCAUGACUCUGGAGAGAAACACAGUAUUACAGGAGACUCUCAUCAACCGGAAAUUACCAAAACGGGAAAAACGAACUGUUAAAAUCAACAACGUUGCUCUUCGUAUGGAGCUACUUGUCCCCAAUGAUUUUGAUGAAACAUAUAAACAUCCAGUACUUCUUAUUCUUGACAGUACGCCUGGUGGUGAGACUGUGAGCGACCGCUUAAGCAUCAGUUGGGAUUCCGCACUUGUCAGUUCAGCGAACGUCAUCGUGGCUCGACUGGAUGGUCGAGGAAGCAGCCUCCAGGGCCAGAAGGUCCAGCAUGGGGUCCACCAGCGAUUGGGCACUGCUGAUGUUGCUGAUCAGAUUGCAUUUAUAGAACACCUCAUCAAGCUCCCAUAUAUUGAUGGGAAUAAUGUUGCAGUUUAUGGAAAGGCAUAUGGGGGCUAUCUUGCAUCAAUCUUAUUACUCUCCUACAGCUCAACUUUCACUUGUGGAAUAGCAGUUGCCCCCAUAGUAAACUGGAGACUACAUGGGUCUGCUCUCACGGAGAAAUAUUUUGGAUAUCCACCUAAAGAAGAUCACAAAUACCAGGUUUCAAGUCUACUCAGUAACAUCACAGGACAUGGUCCAUUGAAAUUUCUUAUUAUCCAUGGCACAGCAGAUGCCACUGUUCAUUUCCAGCACACUGCUGAAUUGAUCAAAUUCCUAUCUUCAUCUAAUUUUAACUACACACUCCAGAUUUUCCCCGAUGAAGGACAUGAUAUUGCAUCCGCCAAGAGCCAGCGCUACAUGCUAAACUCUGUGUUCACUUUCUUCAAAGACUGUUUUGAGAAGGAAAAUGUGGUCGAGCAGCAGAAAUCGAAAGAUGAUGACUAAGAUGUAGAACUGCCUGCUGAAAAACUGUUGGAUGGUUCAAAGAAUGUACCUGCAAGCAUGAUCAAACACUUUUGCACUCAACUACUAAAGGGCUGACAUCUUCAAAAGCAAUCUAAAAUGACUUGUGGAAACAUAAAGCCAAAUGGAACACAGCACUAUUUUUUUGCUAGAUGCAUGACAAGUUCAUAAUAAUAAUGAUUGUUUUAUUCCAUUAACCUGGUUGUAAUAAUGUUGUCUGUAAAAAUCUAAAACAUGUUAUAAAGGCUAUACUGAAAAGAAAAUAAGUCCUUGACGAGAAAUAAUUGUACAGUCAACAAAGUGGUAAUGUUACUAGAAUACAACUGUAUUUUUUUGACAGGAUGAAGUGACAUGUAAUGUUAAUCAAAUAAAAUCUUAAUACUAG